UGUCGUCGGUUGUGGGGGGGCAAUGAAAAGGCUGAAGGCGGACCGAGCGAUUUCAGUUUUCGAACAACAGCUGAGCGGAGACGAUGAGUGUGUGAAAGGCGCAAACGGCCACUACCGAAUAGACGAACAGACAGUUUUAUAUAGUUCGCCAGUGGAGCGAACGAGACAACAACAACAGGAACCCUUCGGACAGGCUCUCUUUAUCCUGACAACCGGCUCAAUCUCAGCGUUAGAUUAGUCAGCGUCAGCGAUAACAACAAAGAAGGAGACGGCGGCAGCGACCAGGGCCGUUGACUUUGCAGUUUGGAAUUGUUAUACAAUCGUUUAACUUCUUCUUAAUCUACGAUAAAUAGCGUGUUCAUUGUUACUACAAUCGUUCUGUGAAUGAAACAGAUGCUUGCGUCCGGUCAACAGUGAUGUCAGUGUCCGCAAAUAUUUACCACGAUUGUCAGAGCGGCGGCGGCGGUGGAGGUGCUGGAAUCUUGGUUCAUCAACAACAGCAACAGCAACCAUCGGUGGAUCAUCACCUCUUCCUAUCGAACGACUCCGAUUCGUCCUUUCUGAUCGGCGGCAGCGACAGCAUCAUCAUGAUGCAGGAACUCCUUCCCGCCGUCCUCCUCAGCGCCGAAUGCAUGCCCUGGCUUUGGGCGGCGAUCGGCUCCUGCCUCGUCGGCCUCAGCGGGAUCCUUCCCCUUCUCGUCAUCCCCAUCGACCAAACGGACAACCUGAAACAAGGCGAUAGCGCCAACCGACUGAAGACUUUACUCAGCUUCGCCGUGGGCGGACUCCUCGGGGACGUGUUUCUGCAUUCCCUGCCCGAGAUCUGGACCAACGAAGCGGCGAGAAACGGCGGACAACCGUCCAUGUACAGCGGUCUGCUGAUCCUCUCCGGCUUGCUCAUAUUUGUAAUAGCCGAGAAGGUGUUUUCGGUGAUCACGCAAAUCUCCGAAGCGGAAGCAAAGGCUGAAGACGAUCAGAAGCACCAUCAUCAUCAGCUCAACAACAACACCGAGGGCUACACGAAGAGACAACAGGAUGAAGUGGCGGAUGAUAAGAAGGACGUCGCCAACGGCAAGAAACAUAUUACGGGUUACCUGAACUUGAUAGCCAACAUGAUCGACAACUUCACGCACGGGCUCUCGCUGGGCGGCGCCUUCCUCGUCUCCUUCCGCUUGGGUUGUCUCACCACCUUCGCCAUUCUCGUGCACGAGAUACCGCACGAGGUCGGCGAUUUCGCCAUACUCUUGAAGUCGGGUUUCUCGCGCUGGGAGGCGGCGAAACUGCAACUCAUCACCGCCGGCGGAGGUCUGCUCGGAUCGAUAGCCGCGAUCGCAUUCAGCGGUGCAUCCAACUCUAUAGAGGCUCGGACUUCGUGGAUAAUGCCAUUUACGGCGGGCACUUUCCUGCACAUCGCACUCGUCACCGUUCUGCCGGAUCUCCUCAAGGAGGACGACCCGAAGGAAUCUUUCAAACAGCUGUCCGCCCUCUUGGCGGGCAUCGCGAUCAUGGCGUUCGUCACCAGCGUCUUCGAGUAGACCGGGAAAGAGAAGAGAAGGAAGUGAUGAUCCACUUGUAAAUAUUCUUGGAAAUUGUGCUCCGUCAUUCCUACAAA